AUGAAUAUUUGCAUAAUUAUUGACUUUCUUAAAUUUAACCGGCAGUUAAACAGCGUGGCGGCUGACUUAGACCCCAGACUCGACAAAUUCUUGCUACGCUUCAGCCUGACCGGCCCUUCCGUUGGCAGCCUCGACUUGACGGGCACCUCUGGAAUCCGGCUCGCCAAGUUGCGCCCACCCGGACGCUGUUGGGUGGGGCUUGAUGUUGAUCGGCCGAUAACCCGAGCCAGUCUUGUUUCCGGCCUGGCAGAUCAGUUGACCGUAGACCUUGUAGACAAACGUGGUCUAUUAUGCCCAACAAACACGCUACUUGCUAGUGCACAAGUGGUGCUAACGCGACCGAUCGAAGAAUUUCGUGGAACUCAUCCUGUUCAGGUGACAGUAACCUGUCAGCUAAAAUCUGUGAGAAAGCUUUUUAAUAACUAUUUCAAUUCUGUAUUUCACUAUCAUCGUUAA